AUGGAAGCCAAACCCCAGCUCUACUACUUUCAAGGCAGGGGAAGGGUGGAGUCGAUCCACUGGCUGCUGGCUGUGGCUGGAGUGGAGUUUGAAGAAGAAUUUCUUGAGACAAGAGAACAAUAUGAGAAGUUGCAAAAGGAUGGACACCUGCUUUUUGGCCAAGUCCCUUUGGUUGAAAUGGAUGGGAUGCUGCUGACACAGACCAAAGCCAUUCUCAGCUACCUCGCUGCCAAGCACAACUUGUAUGGGGAGGACCUGAAGGAGAGAGUCAGGAUUGACAUGUAUGUUGACAGGAUCCAGGACCUGAUGAUGAUGAAGAUUGCUGGGGCUCCAUUUAAAGCCCCUCAGGAAAAAGAGGAAAGCUACGCUUUGAUAGUGACAAAAGCUAAAACCCGUUACUUCCCAGUGUUUGAAAAGAUAAUUAUGAAUUUCUAUAUUUUAAAAGACCAUGGAGAGGCUUUUCUUGUUGGCAACCAACUCAGUUGGGCAGACAAACAGCUGCUAGAAGCCAUUUUGAUGGUGGAAGAACUCAGCGCUCCUGUGCUAUCUGACUUCCCUCUGCUGCAGGCGUUUAAGACAAGAAUCAGCAACAUUCCUACAAUUAGGAAGUCCCUGCAACCUGGAAGUCAGAGGAAGCCACCUCCAGAUGGCCACUAUGUUGAGGCGGUCAGGACCGUCCUGAGGUUCUAA